AUGAGUUCACAGGUCGAGUUAUGGCAAAGAUGGAGUGAUGGACUCCACCAAGCAAUUGAGGCAAAAGAAGGUGUGCAGAUACAGAAUGAAACCAUAACCCUCGCAUCUAUAAGUUACCAGAACUUCUUUCUUCAGUUUCCGAAACUCUGUGGCAUGACUGGAACUGCAGCUACAGAAAGACAGGAGUUCGAGAGCAUAUACAAACUAAAAGUUACAGUUGUUCCAACGAAUAAGCCUAUGAUAAGGAAGGACGAUUCAGAUGUUGUUUUCAGAGCAACAAGUGGAAAAUGGCGUGCUGCUGUUGUGGAGAUAUCAAGAAUGAAUAAAGCUUGCCGUCCUGUGCUUGUUGGUACAACUAGUGUUGAGCAAAGUGAAACUUUGUCUGAACAACUACGUGAAGCAGGGAUUCCUCACGAGGUCCUUAAUGCUAAACCAGAGAAUGUGGAGAGGGAGGCAGAGAUUGUAGCUCAGAGUGGACGCCUUGGUGCAGUGACAAUUGCCACCAAUAUGGCAGGACGUGGCACUGAUAUUAUCCUUGGAGGCAAUGCGGAAUUCAUGGCCAGGCUGAAGUUGCGUGAGAUGCUUAUGCCAAGUGCUCAACAUUGCUUAUAUCUUCUUUUGAUUCUGAAGUCAUGUUGCAGAAUUGUCAAUCCAGUUGAUGGUGUCAUUGUGUCCAAAAAGCAGCUUCCACCAAGAAAGACAUGGAAGACAAAUGAAAGCUUGUUCCCUUGUGAACUUUCAGAAGAUACACUAUCAUGUAUCAAAGAUGCAGUUGAAGUGGCUGUCAAAGAAUGGGGAGAAAAGUCAUUACCUGAGCUAGAAGCUGAAGAGCGUCUCUCCUACUCAUGUGAGAAGGGACCGACACGUGAUGAAGUAAUUUCAACUCUGAGAACCGCAUUCAUGAAGAUAGCAGAUGAAUUUAAGAUUUACACAGAGGAAGAAAAGAAGAAGGUCAUUGCGACAGGUGGGCUUCAUGUAGUAGGAACUGAACGACAUGAGUCCCGCAGAAUUGACAAUCAGCUUCGUGGCCGAAGUGGCAGGCAAGGGGAUCCUGGGAGCUCUCGCUUCUUUCUUAGUCUUGAGGAUAACAUCUUCCGAAUCUUCGGAGGUGACCGGAUACAGGGUCUGAUGCAAGCUUUCAGAGUUGAAGAUCUUCCUAUUGAAUCAAAGAUGCUAACAAGGGCCCUAGAUGAAGCUCAACGGAAAGUUGAGAACUACUUUUUUGAUAUCAGGAAGCAGCUAUUCGAGUAUGAUGAGGUAUUAAAUAGCCAGCGGGAUAGGGUAUAUGCAGAAAGAAGACGUGCCCUAGCAUCUGGUAGCCUGGAGUCACUUAUUGUGGAGUAUGCUGAAUUAACAAUGGACGACAUAUUAGAGGCAAACAUAGGUCCUGGUACCCCAAGGGAAAGUUGGGAUCUUGGCAAGCUGAUAGCUAAAGUUCAACAGUAUUGUUACCUUUUAAAUGACUUGACACCCGAACUGUUGGAGAGUAAAUGCUCAAGCUACGAGGAUUUACAAGAGUACCUUCGAACCCGAGGGCGUGAAGCAUACUUCCAAAAAGCUGAAAUUGUGGAGAAGCAAGCUCCAGGCUUGAUGAAGGAAGCCGAGCGAUUCCUAAUCCUAAGCAAUAUUGAUAAGCUCUGGAAAGAACACUUGCAAGCUUUAAAGUUUGUGCAACAAGCUGUUGGGUUAAGGGGCUAUGCUCAACGAGACCCCCUUAUCGAAUAUAAACUUGAGGGAUAUAAUCUUUUCUUGGAUAUGAUGGCUCAAAUCCGGAGAAAUGUUAUUUAUUCUGUAUAUCAGUUCAAACCAGUGAUGAAGAAGCAAGAGGAGGAAAGUUCUGAAACGAAAGAUCCAAAAAAGAAUCUGCAGAAGGGUGCCAAGAAAUUUGGUGCAGCCCAAGCUGCAUCUUGA